CUUGUUCUUUGCCGCGAUGCUCAUGGUCGCCGUGGCCGAGUUCGACAAGGACCCCAAGGUGACGGCGGACAUGGUCAAGAUCGGGACACAAGUGGAGUACACGGGCAAGAAGGGCAGGUCGGCGGGGAAGAAGACGACAGUGGUGACGGACGCGGAGGCCCUGUGGGCCAUGCUCUACGCGUACAACGCAGCCAUCGUCUCGCGCUCGCCGGAGAGUCUCGAGAAGAUGAUGUCGGUCAUCGUGCGCGUGGCCGGCCUGUUCGGACUGAUGGUGCCGGAGCCAAAGACGGAGGUCAUGUGCAUGCUGCCGAAAGGGAUCGAGGAACGCCCUUUCACGGUCAGCGCCGCCGGCCAGGCGUACAAGCAGGCAGAUCGGUUUGUGGANGUUAUGCGCAUGGAGGACAACCGCCUCCCCAAGCGCAUGCUGCUGGGAGCGAUGGCGGGGGGUACCGGAUACCGGGGCGGGCAGGAGAGCGACUGGGUGUAUCGCCUAGGAGAGGACCUCGUGGCGUUUGGCAUGAAAGAGGAGAAGGAGGGGGGGAGAUGGAAAGAGAGCGCCAAGGACCAGGAGGCGUGGUACGACAAGAUCGAGGACGGGGCGGCAUGGUUCAUGAGGAAAUGGCACAAGCAGGAGGCGGAAGCGUCCACGAAGCGCCAGCGCGCGAGGGAAGCAGAAGCAGAGAGUACGACCUG